UAUUGUUUUGGAUCAAGGAAAAAGAAACAUUUGUCACUUCGAAAGAGUUUGGACAAGACCUGGAACAUGUCGAGGCUCUUCAGAAAAAAUACGAGGAAUUCAUAAAAGAUCUUGAAUAUCAAGAGGGACGCGCUGAGGAGAUCUAUGCAAAGGCCGAUGAACUUCUGCGGGAAGAAUUCCCUGAAGAAACCAUUGUCAUAGAAAAAAAACGCCUGGUGCGCGAGGCACUAGAGCGUCUGAAAGAACUAGCCAGACAGAGACAGCAAAAGCUCUAUGAGGCCCAUGAGAUUCAGCGUUUCUUCCGAGACACCGACAAGGCUAUUUCUUGGGUCAACGAAAAAUCUAUUCCACUUUCUAUUGACGAUUGCGGUCGGGACUUGGUCUCAGUUCAAGCCCUGCAGCGCAAGCAUGAAGCCCUUGAGCGUGACUUAGCUGCUAUUGAAGAAAAAGUGGGGCAUUUGAAUAAUGAUGCUGUCUCCUUGUCUCAAAAGCAUCCCGAUUCAAGUGAUACUAUACAAACAAAGCGUCAAAAUUUGGCUGAUGCUUGGGACAAGCUAAAGACUAAGUCUGCCGAGCGCAGAGCAAAACUUGAUGAAUCCCUUCAAUUGCAUCGCUUCUUGUCUGAUUGGAGAGAUCUUUCACUUUGGAUCAAAGACAUGAGUACAAUAAUAGCUGCCGAUGAACUAGCCAAGGAUGUCGCUGGUGCAGAAGCUCAAGUAGAACGCCACAAUGAAUACAAGGGGGAAAUUGAAUCUAGGGAAGACAGUGAUCGUAUCGUUAUGGAGCAAGGUCGAAGGCUAAUUGAUGGACAUCAUCCUGCAUCAGCUGAGGUCGCUACAAAGAUGGCUGAGUUGGAAAAAGAGAAGUCUGCUCUUCUUGCGCUAUGGGAUACAAGACGUGUCCAAUAUGAACAAUGCAUGGACCUCCAGCUCUUUUUCCGCGACACUGAACAGGCAGAAGCCUGGAUCGCUAAGCAAGAAGCCUUUCUUGAAAAUAAGGACGUAGGUGAUUCUCUUGAUUCAUCUGAGGCUUUAAUGCGCAAGCAUGAGGAUUUUGAGAAGUCUUUGUCUGCUCAAGAAGAAAAAGUAAAAAAUCUUGAUCAUUUUGCAGCGAAAUUAAUAGAAAAUAAUCACUACGCCUCUGAUCUAGUCGCUGAGCGCCGCGCUGCCCUUCUCGAUCGUCGCGCUGCUCUAAAGGAGAAGGCUAUUGCUCGGCGAAAGCUUUUGGAAGAUUCUUAUCGUUAUCAACUUUUCGACCGAGACGCCGAUGAAAUGAAAGCAUGGAUUUUGGAAAAGCUUAAAACGGCCACAGAUGAAAGUUACAAGGAUCCUACAAACUUGCAAACAAAAGUACAAAAGCAUCAAAACUUUGAAGCAGAGAUCCAAGCAAAUGAAUCGAGGAUAGACGUUAAGAAGAUCGGUUGUGACUUGCUAUCCGCCGCACACUACCAGUCUCCAGAGAUAGGCUUCCGAUUAGAAGAGCUCGAUGAGCUUUGGUCUCGCUUGAUUGAUGCUGCUGCUCGAAAAGGCAAGAAACUUGAACAGGCCCGUGGACAGCAACAAUUUAUUAGAAAUACUGAAGAUGUUGAAUUAUGGCUCGGUGAAGUUGAAAUACAGCUCAAUUCUGAUGACUAUGGCAGAGAUCUUAGUUCAGUGAUUAAUUUGCAAAAAAAACACGCUUUACUUGAGUCGGAUAUUCAGUCUCACCGAGAUAGGAUUGAACAGUUUAAAGUACAAGCUGAUAAAUUUGCUGCCGAAGAGCACUUUGAUGCUCCAAUUAUACAACAAAAACAACAACAAGUUCUUUCUCGGUAUGAAGCUUUGGCUGGUCCAACUAAACAGCGUCGUGAACGGCUCAAUGAUGCCUACAAGCUGCAGCAAUUUUUCCGAGAUGUUGAAGACGAAGAAGAUUGGAUCCGUGAAAAGGAGCCAGUUGCCGGCUCCACUAAUGUCGGUCGAGAUUUGAUUGGCGUUCAAAAUCUAAUUAAAAAACAUCAAGCAAUUGCUGCCGAAAUAUGUGGUCAUGAACCACGAAUUCAAGAUGUUUGCCAAGAAGGCGAGGCUAUGAUCGUCAAGGCUCAUUUUGCUUCUGUUGACAUUCGCAAGCGCAUCGAUGAGCUGUUUGCCACUUGGAAGAAGCUUGAACAGAAGGCUGACAAUCGACGCCAACUUUUGGAUGAUUCUUUACAGGCUCAACAAUAUUUUGCAGAUGCCAGCGAAGCUGAUAGUUGGAUGCGCGAAAAAGAGCCUCUUGUAGGUUCUUCUGAAUUUGGUCGCGAUGAAGACUCCACUGAAGCACUUCUUAAGAAGCAUGAAGCACUAAUGGCUGAUAUCGAGGCAUAUGGUUCCACUAUUGAGGGCUUGCACAGCCAGGCGAGCAAGUGUCGCAUGCAAGAAGCUCCAACCAGUGAUGUGCUAGGAAAAGAAGUAGUGAUUGCUCUCUACGAUUAUCAGGAGAAGUCGCCUAGGGAGGUCUCCAUGCGCAAGGGUGAAAUGCUCACUCUUUUGAACAGUAACCAUAAGGACUGGUGGAAGGUGGAGGUCAACGAUCGUCAGGGUUUUGUUCCGGCUGCUUAUGUCAAAAAAGUUGACGCUCCACUUUCGGACAGUCAGGCCAACCUAAUGGAAGCUCCUCUAACCGUAACCUCUCAGCAGCAGCGCCUCGAGUCGCAGUAUCAAGCACUUAUUCAACUAGGUAAUGAUCGUAGGGAUAGAUUACAGGACUCAGUGCGUGCCUAUCAACUUGUUAGAGAAGCAAAUGAUUUGCACCAAUGGGUUGUUGAGAAAGAAUUGGUUGCAGUGACUGAGACAGUUGUCCCUGGCCGUCUUGAAGAGGUAGAAUCAGAACGGAAGAGAGUUGACGACUUCGUGGCGGAGCAGAAGGAGAGAGAGGUAAGGAUUACUGAACUGCGAGCCAAGGCUGAUAAAUUGAAGCGAGGCGGACAAACAGAGGCUGUAGAGAAGAUCGAGGGUAUCAUCAUGCAACUACAGAAGCGUUACGAACAACUUGAGGAGGUCACGACGAAAAAGGUCAAAGAAUUGGAAGAUCACAAUGCUGUGCAGCGCUAUCAUCGCGAAUGUGAUGAGGCUAAAGAAUGGAUUGAGGAGAAGGAGAAUCGUCUUACCACUGACGAUAUGGGCAAAGAUCUGACUUCAGUUCAUCGCCUCAUUCGCAAACACGAUGCUAUGGAGAGAGACUUGAUGGCACUUGGCGAACGAGUCAAGCAGCUGGAUCAGAAGGCGGCAGAUCUAGUAGAAACUCACCCACAGGAGGCCGAGGGUAUCUGCAAGCAUCAAGAAGAGAUAAACGAAAUGUGGAAUAGUCUCACCGCUAAGGCGGAUUCUCGCAGGGCUAAACUUCUUGACUCUUUAGAUUUGCAAAAGUUCCUAGUCGAUUAUCGGGAUCUUCAGUCCUGGAUUAACACGAUGUACGCCCUUGUCUCAUCUGAUGAAUUGGCAAAGGAUGUGACUGGCGCCGAGGCUCUGCUUGAGCGUCACCGUGAGCAUCGCACUGAAAUUGAUGCGAGAGCUCCAACUUUCCAAAAAUUUGAAGCUUUCGGUCGAGAACUUGUGAACAAUAAUCACUAUGCUAGUAGUGAUGUAAAACAAAAACUCUCGAAUGUCUCCAUGUCUUGUCAAGAUCUUGAUGAGCAAUGGAUGAAGCGUCGUCAGGAGCUAGAUCAAUGUCUCAAACUCCAACUCUUCUUGCGUGAUUGUGAACAGGCUGAAGAUUGGAUGAGCAUCCGAGAAGCUUCUUUAUCUGGCGAUGAUGUCGAUGGAAACAAAGUUGACGCAUUAAUAAAAAAGCAUGAGGAUUUUAAUCGGGCUAUAAAAAUGCAAGAAGCAAAAAUUCAGACUUUGAAGCAAGCUUCAGAUCAAUUAAUUGAGCAGGGUCAUUACGAUACUCAAGGCAUUCAUAAUAAAUGUGAUGAUGUCAUGCGGCGUUGGGCCCAGCUCAAGAAAGACAUGAUUGAGAAUCGCAGCAAACUUGGCGAUGCUCAGACUCUUCAGGCAUUUAUUAAGGAUGCUGAUGAGAUGGAGAUCUGGAUUAACGAAAAGCUUCAACGUGCUACGGAUGAAUCCUUCAAAGAUCCCACGACUAAUAUUCAGACUAAACAUCAAAAACACCUUGCUUUCCAGGCUGAGUUGGCUGCUAAUGCUGGUCGUAUUCAAAUGAUUUUGAGCGCCGGCAAUAAUCUUCUGAAAAAA